CGCACACUUUUCUUUUCUGUUCACUGUAGCAAUCACGCAAAGGAUUGCAGAGCUACUGAUUGCUGUCUGACACUUAUAAUUGAUUAUAGUGUCGCAGAAUUUCUCGCAAUUCAACGGCAAGAAUAACAAAUCCUCGACAUGGGACAAUGGCCGACAUUGUUGGUGAUUGCUACUGCAUCUUUGGUGUUGAGUAAUAUCGGUCCCGUUUCAGCAAAUCCACGUUUAGUUUGUUAUUUCAAUUCUGGAGCUAGUUUACGUAAAGGUGAUGGCCAAUUUACUGUCGAAAACAUCGACCCUUUCCUGUGCACUCACCUGAUCUUCGUUUCGGGUAUUUUCAACUCGAUCGUCAGUAAAGGAGAACCCGGAAGUCUGGACCCAACGGUCAUGAAAUUCGUACAUCUGAAAAACAAGAACCCCAAACUGAAAAUAAUGCUUUCGGUUGGAAGCUGGAUCGACUUCCAGUCGGCACAGUAUACCGAGAAUGUGAUGGGCAGCAACAGGGCCAAUUUCGCUCACUCUGCCGCCCAAUUUCUUGCCCGUUACGGUUUUGACGGAUUGGACUUUUCUUGGCCGUGGGAUUUUGUUUCGCCUACUGCCAAUGAUCCAAAACAAUUCAUUCGGGUACUGACAGCCCUUAAAGACGCCUUCAAGUCGAGCGGAUAUCUACUUAGUGUCGCCGUAACAGCCAAUCAAUCCAUCUCGGAAUUAAGCUAUGAUUUUCCAAAAAUUGAAGCGCUAGUGGACUUUGUGAACUUGAAAUCCUACAACAUGACGGACAAUUCGAAAUCCAUGGCAGAUCACCACGCCCCACUCUACACGAGGAAAUGGGAGACUUCCGGAGUCGGUGGCAAUAACGUCGAUUCAGUUGUGUCUUAUUGGAUCAACAAGGGCGUAUCCAUAUCAAAACUCAACGUGGGUAUCCCUUUCUUCGGUAAGAGCUGGACGUUAUCGUCGGCCGCUUACAAUCCGCCAGCCAAAGCAUCGGGCCCCGGACCGGCCGGCCCAUUGACUAACACCCAAGGAGAAUUGGCCUUUUACGAAAUUUGUCGACAUGUACGCGUCGACAAGGAUUUCAAAGCAGUCAGAAGUGAAAGCCGUUUGAACGGGCCAAUCGCCUACUCCUUGUGGACGUCCGGAAGGAUUUGGGUCGGAUACGACGACGUCGAUAUGGUCAUACACAAAGGAAAGUAUAUCCUGUCAAAGAAUUUGGGUGGGGCUGUUGUUUGGGACAUCUCCAUGGACGACUUUAAAAAUACUUGUGGCAGUGGGAUCAAUCCUCUGCUAGCGUCUCUAUCUAGAACUCUCAACGUCAUCGGUCAAAAUGCUGAGCUGUACGUAUCUGCUUCGCGUGACCUUUCCCCGAAUUUUAUUCUGGCCAAUAUGACAAUAACGAUGCUAUUAUUAAUAUUUUAUUCUCGUCGCAUGUACUUUUAGGGCAAAAUUUGUCAUGGAAAUGAAUAGCAAUCGAUCGACUGAGUGCAUUUUUUUAUUUUUU